AUGUGUUCAAUUGAUCUGUUGUCGGCCUCGCGUUGUAAUAUGUAUUCCAACGCUUUGGUCGGUUAUCAGAACUCUUCGGUUCAGUUCUGGGAAAAGUCGUCCAAAACGAUGGCCGCCGUCGCCGACACUUUCAAGGGAUACCAAUAUUACGAAUUCACGACACUUAAGGAGUUGACCGAAACGAGCAGAAAGUUGGCCGAAGACACCGCUAAUAACGAUGACAUUCGGAAGAUCUUUGACGACAACGAUGACGACGAAGACAAGGAUCGGCUUAUUUUCUUUGAGGCCGAUUAUAGGGACGACGACUCCACCAAUAAAGCCAAUAAAGAUAACAAGAAAUUUAAACCAUUUGGCAGAAAGACUUCGACUCAAAACAAACCAAAAGCUGUUCCCCAAAAGAGCAUUGAUUCCAAAGCAAACAAUUCAUUACUUGAUCUCAACUUCGAUUCCAAAGGAGACAAUAGUUUGAAAAAUAGUUUAAAGACAUCGGAAGCGCAACAAAACACUGAUAUUUUGACUCUAAGUGAUACAAAAAUGGAUGACUUGAGUCUCUUGAAUGAGAUAUUGAACGCACCGAACGCUCCCAUUAUUGAGACCAACUCUAGUACGGGUGCUAUCGGUGGGGCACCCAAUACAGGGGCCACUGGUGUCGACGCGUUUAUGCCGAGCCAACUCAUUGACUUGAAUUCAUUCAAUUACUCAAUGAAUCCAAUGAACGCAUCGCUGAAUCCAAUGACCAGAAGAGAUAAUUUGGUCGAAAAGAACAAAAACGUCAAUUUGAAUGCAAAUAAGGAUAAAGCAACCAAAAAGGCUGAAGAACUGUCCUCAUGGUUCAACCUCUUUGCAGACUUGGAUCCGCUCGCGAAUCCCGACGCCAUCGGGAAAAAGGCGGACCAAAUAGAAGAGAGAAAUUGCUAA